UAUAUGCGAGCCUGAAGGUAAUGGCGCUGCGCAGUGGAUGUGGUUCUUCCGUUGAUUGUUGAGGUGUAUAAAUGCAACUUAAUCAUGAUUACAAGGUUUCCACGCGCAUUUAUUAAAAUAAUUAGGAAAACCAAAGUCUCAGAAAUUAAAAGAAAAAUUCACAUUAUCUGCCAGCACGAAAAACCGCGAGUACCACGUCUUGCACAGUCGUCUGCGCAGAUAACCACAAGCACCACGUUCCAUUCCGACGACGAACGCUUCGAGUGGAAGGACCCUACGUCAGAUGACGAAGUGGUGAAUAUUACGUAUGUGCGGAAAGACGGGUCCAAAGUUCCUGUAAGGGGCAAGGUCGGUGACAACCUACUGUACCUAGCACAUAGAUAUGGAGUCGAAAUGGAAGGUGCAUGCGAAGCAUCACUUGCCUGUACUACGUGCCAUGUCUACGUUCACGAGGACUAUUAUGACAAACUUCCAGCACCCGAGGAAAAGGAGGAAGAUCUGUUGGACAUGGCACCAUUUUUGAAAACCAACUCAAGAUUAGGUUGCCAGAUCAUCCUUGCAAAGGACUUGGAAGGUAUGCAUGUAACACUGCCAAUGGCAACGAGGAACUUCUACGUCGAUGGUCAUGUUCCUCAGCCUCACUGAAUGCAACACCCUGUACAGCCUGUAAUAUACACUUGUAUAGUAGAUGGUACGUCAAAUGAAUAUGAACUUUAUUCACAGUAGA